AUGGACAAGCUGAAGCGGGUGCUGAGCGGCCGCGACGCGGAGGAGCCGAGCGGCCUGGCCGAGGUUAUCGAUGCGACUUCCUUAGGUUGGGGCACGCGAGUGAAAGGUUUCAUUGCGUGUUUUGCGAUCGGAUGCCUGUGUUCGAUCUUGGGUAGUUGUCUGCUAUGGAUACCAAAGAAAGGGCUGGUACUCUUUGCUGUGUUUUAUACCCUGGGAAAUAUUGCAUCCAUUGGGAGCACUAUGUUUCUUAUGGGACCAGUGAAACAAUUGAAGCGGAUGUUUGAGCCUACACGUUUGAUCGCUACUAUUGUUAUGCUAUUGUGUCUCAUACUAACACUGUGUUCUGCUUUCUGGUGGCGUAAGGCAGGACUCGCGCUGCUUUUCUGCAUCUUACAGUUUUUUGCCAUGGCGUGGUACAGCAUUUCCUUCAUACCAUAUGCAAGGGAUGCUGUGAAGAAAUGUGUUUCAGUCUGUCUGUCCUAACAGGAAUACUGGAUGCCUCACAAAGUUCUAGGAGCUGUGUUGGAUCACUGUGCUGUGUAGUGUCCUACUUCUGUCUUGAACAUGUGCCUUUCAGCUGCUUCUUAGAAGCUCCUUAUGUUACACCCAGUGUCUGCAGUUGCUUGGGUUUGUAAGCAAUGGUGUCUGUGGGACAGGGGGCUUGUGAUCGAAUGAAAUUCAGUCUGGCAGAAGAACUGGGGAGAGGUCCACAAUUCGUUAUGAUGAUUCUUGCAUAAAUUCAUGCAUUUGGUUUUGCAAAAGUUUCAAAGUAAUGUGUGAAAUUUGUAAGUGAAGACCUUGGCUCUGCUGGGACUCUGCCAGUUCUAGAGUGGAAACAACUUGGGAUUUUUUAAAAUAGCCUUAUGUCACUCAAUCUUUGCACUUUUUGCCUUAGAUAAUGGAAUAUUCGUAUUCUUUCUUUUCCUGUCUCUCUUGAAAGAUUUUAGGUUUAUGAGACUUCUAAAAGAUGUAAUUCUAAAACCAAACAUAGUUUUGGACUAACCAUGAAAUGUUUGCAUCUUUAAUGAAAUAUUUAAUUCUCAGUCCAUACUGAUAGUCUUUCCUUAAAAUACAUGAAAGGGACAUUUUCAUCUGAAAAAUCUUGUUCCUGUUGGAAAAACACUCGUAAAAUAAGGUCCAUUGAUGUUUUUAGCUACCAGAAACCUGAGUUCUUUUCCUUGCUCAUGGUUGCAAGGGAGGAAGCUGACAUUUUUCACAUGAAGUGAGGUGCUUCUCUUCUCCUCCAGCUGUAGCAUAAGAGCAAUGCAAAGGGCAUGGUAGGCAAGCAGUAAAAUAAUUUAUGUAUGUCCUUUCUCAAAGGACAAACUGUCAUAAGGUAGAAGUUGGCUAUUGUUUUUAAGCAGUCUGGUCAGGGAGAAGACAUUCUCUUGUGAACUUGUAAAUAAGUUAAAACUCCAACAUUUCUCUUUGUUUCUUUGUAAGUGGAAUCCGUUUUCUUUCUGCUGAAACUCUUGCAUACACCAGUGAACUUCUCUGCAUGGAGGAGAAAGCACAAUAUUCUGUUUCUGUGGUAGCAAGGAAAGCGUGAAACAAUCCCUCAGCCAGCUCCAAACAAAUGCUGAGUGGUCUGUAUCCAAAUUCCAAGGCCACUCUGUUCUCUUCAUCUUCUGAGCUAUGUAUAAUCAUUUACUCCCGCGGCAUUGCAGUGGUCAGUGUAAUAUCUGAGCACAGAUUCCUGCUUCUGCUGUGUGAGAUAAUGUUUUACUACUUUCCCCUUUCCUCUUACCAAAUUGUCUUGCUGAAGCCAGUGUUUAAGAUUAUGGUUUUCCAGUGCACUCUAGUGGGAACUGAAGCAUCUCUUCCUCAAUCUACUAAGCAUUUAGUUGUUUAAGAGCAUUGUGUUUGCAUGGCAGGUGUAUCCCUGACUUGUACCACAAAGACUUUAAUGCAGGAAAAAUCUGAACCUGCUUGGCUGUGAAGUAUAAGCUCACAGUGAAGGCAAAUAGUUCUAUGGUUUCCAGAAAGUUAUUAAGAAAUUAAUUAAUCCAAAAUCUUAAAUUUAAAGUGUCCUUCUGAUAAUUUAUAAAGCCCGGUACCACCCACCUGUAAGGAUCCUCUAAAAUAAAUAAAUUAAAGAUUCCCUUUGUAGAUGGUAUGAAAGGGAGAUUUGGACAAGCAUUCUGUGGAUUCAUGGUGCCAGAAUUACUGUUGCAAAGGCGUUUGAAAGGGAAAUGCCACCUUGGAAAGACAGCACUGAUGUUGGGAUGCAAGUUAUGCAGAUUCAAGUACUGCAUCCUGGUGCUUUUUUUACCUCC